UCGCAGCAUCAGCUGCCCCUUGGAAGCCAUUUCUGGCUUCUGAGCACCAUCUUUUAGAUCAGCACAGUCGGACAGUCACCGCGACCAUCAUCAGAUCCACAUCACAGGGGCCCCUCUGGACCUCCCCAGCCGAAGGAGCUGACCCAGGCCGUCUGAGCAAGGACGAUGGGCUUAUCUCCUUCGGGCCCGCGCCCCAGCUUCUAGGCCUAACAUCGUUCCUCCAUUGCUCCAUUGCUCACAGCGUGAGGCCUCCGGGGAGAGCUCGCGGAAGGUACGGCCGGAAGGGGCGGGCGCUGCGGCCGGCGAGUCCUCCGCGCCAUGGCUUCUCGCGGCGUCGUUGGCCUUUUCUUGCUCUCUGCUCUCCCUCUCUUGUGUCUGGAGCUCCGGCGCGGGAUCCCGAGUCUCGGAAUUAGAGAUCUCUUUUUGCUGAGUGGCCGGAUAUUCCUACUGCUGGCCCUGCUUACAUUGGUCAUUUCUGUGACCACCUCCUGGUUUAAUUCACUUAAACCUUCCCAAGUUCAUCUGAAAGAAGGAGAAAAAGAGAAUGAGAGAAGACAGAGACUCGUGAGGGAAAGGCAGCAGGAAGUCCAGGGGGAGAAGGCCAGCAGAUACAAACAGAAUGUUUUAAAGCCUCAGCAGGAAAUGAAGUUGAGAAAACUGGAAGAGCGGUUUUACCAGAUGACAGGGGAGACCUGGAAGCUGACCACCGGCCACAGACUCGAGGGGAAUGAAGAUUCGGAGUUUGAAAAUUCAAGUCAGGCGUCUUUUGAAACAACAAAUGGAGAAGCAGCAAGAAGACAGAGCUUGCCUACGUUUUCAACUGAUAUUUCACCACCUGCUCAGGCGCCCUCGAGGAACAAGGUUCCUGAUUUACCUGAAGAACCAUCAGAAACAGCAGAAGAGGUAGUUACUGUUGCCCUUCGAUGCCCAAGUGGACGUCUUUUGAAGAGAAGAUUUUUCAAGUCGUGGAAUUCACAGGUCUUACUUGACUGGAUGAUGAAAAUUGGGUACCACAAAUCCCUAUACAGCCUUUCCACUUCCUUUCCCAGAAGGCCUCUGGAAGUGGAAGGUGGCUUGUCCCUGGAGGACAUAGGAAUAACUGUGGAUACUGUACUUAACGUGGAGGAGAAGGAGCAGAGCCAGUAAAGAGAUUGCAAGUUUGUGUUGUCCUUCAACAAGACGGUACGCACCUUCCAGCCUUGCUGUACCUUGAGUUCCUCUUGUCCACGGCGUGCCUACACCCACACAUCAUGGAUGAGGACAGUUUUGCAUGUGAUGGUCUGUGGCCUCUGUCAUCGUGUAAUGUGAACAAAAGCACAUACGGUAAGACAGACAGACAGACAUCUGAUGCGAGGCCUCAGCCAGGCGUUGGUGAGACAGGCCUCAACUCCCAGAAUUUCUGAGUUAAUUAGACCGUCUCCAAACCCUAGCUCACAGAAGAACUAAUUUCUGCUUGCGUCUACCUUACCAUAUAGUAUUUCACAAGUCAGUCAAAAUCUAAGGAGAUUCUGUUGUAAAUGUAGAUUCAAAAAAUUUAACUUUCAGAGCCAAACUGAUCCUAUAUAAUUUUGACUUAUGUCUGGGGAUGAAGGAAAGAAACCAAGGCCAUUGUUACGUGCACUUGGACCGUGAGCUGUCAUUUGUGUAUGAACUGAUGCCCCUAGAGCAAGGGGCCGAGGGGCUCAAACAACCCUUCCCAGGGUGCACCAAGACCAUCCGCAAGAGAGGUUUGCACUGAUUCAUAAUAGUAGCAAAAUUAUAAAGUAGCAACAAAGUAACUUUAUGGUUGGGGUUACCACAAUAUGAGGAACUGUGUUAAAGGGUUACAGUAUCACAGAGGUUGAGGACCACUGCCUUAGUCUACCUUAAGGUAUCUUUCUUAAUCUUAAUUUUUUAGAGGGUUUCAUGUAGCCCAGGUAGCCUUGCACUCUCCUGAUCCUCCUGCCCCUCCCAAGUCCUCGGACUCCAGCCUGAGCUUGGCUCCUUCACGAAGUGGUGGGUUGACCCUUGUGCUCCAUUACGCUCGGCAGAUACUCUAUACCAGCAGAGCUACCUCCCAGCCCCAUUCUGACUGUCAAUUUCCAAACUACUCAAGGGUCUACUUUUGGGGUAUAUCUUAAAAAUCUUAUGACCUUGGAAUAGUAUCGUUACCAUUACUAUUAAAUAAACAGGUCAGUUCCUGUUUCCAGGUCAAAGGAGACAACCUAGCUCAGUUUUAAAGUUUCUUCUGUUGUAUUUAGUCUAUAGUUGUUAAAGCAGACAAUCCACAUUUUGCACUUAAAAUUUAUGAAUAAAUUACUACAAACCACCUAAUGAACUGCUUAGAUGUGUGAAAAAUGCCUUUUCAAUGGUCUAAAAGUUAUCAGCAAGUAUUUUGACUUUGUUCUGCUUUUGAGUGUAAACUAUGAAUAAACACGGUUUCUAUAGUAUUUGUACACAUAACAUGGAACCGAAUAGAAGGCCUGGGGUGAUUGUAUCAGUACAGCCCUUUAUGUUAUUACACAGUAGAUAUCUGUGACCUGUAAUCCUAUCCCUCCAAAGGAGAGCCAGGACAGUCAAGGAGGGUCAAGGUCUAAAAAGCCUAAAGUGAGCAAAAAACCAACAAGCCACAGUUUUAAAUCUGUAUCAAGUUUCAAAAUGGCGAUGCUUCCAUUUAAUGCACCUCACAGUUAAAAUGUUUUUCUCUAAAUUGGAAAUUUUAUUUGUUCAGUACACCAAAUAGAAUGCAAGCACUGUCAUGACAAAUAUACAGAAAUAUGCAGAUCAACAUCCAACAGUAAUUUAGUUCAGGAAACUUUAAAGGAAAUCUCUUUAAUGUUAUGACAACAUACUCCCAAGAAUCUCUUCUUCAGUUAGUCAUACAUUUCAAUAAAAUAAAGGGUUAUGAAUUUAAGUGGAAGUCAGCUUGUGAAUUCUUAAAAAUAAAACUCCAACUCUAUAAUCCAUGCCAGGUAAACGUGUAACUAAAUUUCCAAGUAAGCACAAGGGAGAUGAAGCAGUCAGUGGCCCUUUCUGCUUAACCAGUCAGGAGAAAUGGCUGCUAGAGGGCAGCAGGCCGGCUGCUGGGCCGACUCUACACCAGCGUGCUCAAGGUCAGCCCGUGCUAACCGCGCAUCACUAGUAUGGCACGUUUUGGUCCAUGAUGUGUUUUAAUGUCAAGACAUAUCACAAUUUGUUACAGAAACACACAGAUAACUGUUGUCUUUAAAUAUAUAUGUAUAUAUAUAUAUUUUAUAAAGCCAGGUAUACUUCCACAUACAAAGACAGGUCCUGGGGAUGAUUUAUAGGAAGUAGUCUGGGGUGCGCCGGGUCACAUGAGGCUCUCCACGACGAGGAGCUGGGUCAAACUGAAGA